AUGGAGCCCAAUAUGGACGCCGGGCUGCUAGCAUUGGCUUCCUCCGGAUCUUUCCACGAUCUGGAAUCAUUCCUCGACGGGAAACCAGCCGCCUACACCAUGGGAAGCUCGGCCACGCAGCCACCUGAUCUGUACGCCGUUACCGUUGGAGGUAACACUCUUCUCCAUGUGGUGGCCGCCAGCCAUGGCGACUCUGAGGACUUACUGGAUAAAGCCAGACUUGUCUACAGCAAGGCGCACAGCCUCCUCUUCGUGCAAAACAACGAGGGAGAUACGCCCCUGCAUUGUGCUGCACGGGCGUGGAAUAUCCCAAUGAUGUCUCUUCUCAUUGAUCUUGCCAAUGGCCAGGGUAUUAACAACGCUAAGGGGCUGCUGGAAACACAGAACAAGCUCAAAGAGACAGCCUUGCACGAGGCCGUCCGCUUUGGGAGCAAUGAUAUGGUCAAUUUGCUCAUGGCCCGUGAUCCAGAAUUGGCCACUCUUCCUGAGGAAGGUACUUCACCAUUGUACAUCGCCAUCUUACUGGAAAAUGGAAUCAUCGCAAAAACACUCUACGAGUUGAGCGGUGGGGUUCUUUCAUACUCUGGACCAAAUGGACGAAAUGCAUUGCAUGUUGCUGUUCAGCGGAGCCAAGCUUCGGUCGCCGCCUGUGCCGAAGCUGUGGCCAUAGGGGACGCCAGAGUUGCAGCAUGUGGCGUUGGCCUAGGACAAGGCAUCGCUUUGGCACUCUUCAUCUUCUUCUUUGUGGCCGCCUCGGUGAGAGCCGACGUAUCCGCCGUCGACUUUCGAGCAUGUUUAGCUCCGGCAGGUGCGGCGGGAGGGCGGCAUGCCAUUGCCAGAGAUGCAGUGCCCACCCCGGAGGCCAUUGGAGCAGUUGGAGGAGGAGCUUGUUUCAUACCCAAACUCUUCUUCGGCACCGACGGCGGCGCGUUGGUGAUUUCUGCCGGCAAAAAGCCGGCGACGGUGGCCGGCGGGUGA